AUGCAGAUUCCGGGGCUUGAGGCCGGGCUCGGCAGCUUUCCCGGUGGAACUUCAGCCUGCUUCACACGCAGGCUGGGAUUUUGGGUGGGUUGGGAUAAUAGCGCUCGCCCUAAUGGGAAACCAGCGAGCUUCCUUGGUUUGCAGAAUCAUCGAAUUGUUGAGUUGGAAGGCAACCUGAGGAUUGGUCCAGUAUAUUUGAAGGAGCAUCUCCACCUCCAUUGUUCUGCCCGGACACUGAGGUCCAGCGCUGAGGGCCUUCUGGCGGUUCCCUCCCUGCGAGAAGCCAGGUUACAGGGAACCAGGCAGAGGGCCUUCUCGGUGGUGGCACCCGCCCUGUGGAACGCCCUCCCACCAGAUGUCAAGGAGAUAAACAACUACCAGACUUUUAGAAGACACCUGAAGGCAGCCCUGUUUAGGGAAGCUUUAAAUGUUUGACGGACUAUUGUAUUUUAAUACAGUGGUACCUCGGGUUAAGAACUUAAUUCGUUCCGGAGGUCAGUUCUUAACCUGAAACUGUUCUUAACCCGAAGCACCACUUUAGCUAAUGUGGCCUCCCGCUGCCGCCACGCGAUUUCUGUUCUCAUCCUGAAGCAAAGUUCUUAACCCGAGGUACUAUUUCUGGGUUAGCGGAGUCUGUAACCUGAAGCAUCUGUAACCUGAAGUGUCUGUAACCCAAGGUACCACUGUAUUCCAUUGGAAGCUGCCCAGAGUGGCUGGGGAAACCCAGCCAGAUGGGUGGGGUAUAAAUAAUAAAUUCUUCUUCUUCUUCUUCUUCUUCUUCUUCUUCUUCUUCUUCUUCUUCUUCUUCCUCUUCCUCUUCCUCUUCCUCUUCUUCCUCUUCUUCUUCCUUCCCCAAGAGUCACCGGCUUCGCAGAACCAAGAGCCGUCCUUUCCUCUCGCGGCCUCUUCUGCCCGCCCGCCUGCUCACUCCUGCACCCGCCACGGUUUGCAUUACGCACCCAGCGGUGCGCUCUCUCGUCUUGUAGGUGGGCCACAGAUCUGGGGGGAAAGCGGCCCCGCCCUCCCAUGCUCAAUUGCCACUUCUCGACUCAGUGGGAAGCUGCUGACUGCGGCCGUCUCCAUUUAAAUGGAGAUGUGGUCACGUCUUCCGCUGGGCAACGAAACGCCUCAUGGAGAGUUAUAGAUCUGUUUGGAUGUAUGUAUGCAUUGCGAAAGGUAAUGCGUUUCCGCUUCUGGAUGCUGGAAGGCAGGGGGGGUGGAGGGUCAGAGAACCCCUGGGGGGCACAGAGUCUUUCCCCUCUCCAUUGGCACACAGGAAUGAGAAACUUUCAGAGGCGGAAGGUAUGCAAACCUUGGAACCCCACGGGAUUCCUUUUUUCCAAGGCUGUGAGCCCCUCUUCAUUUUCAUGUAUAAAUUUUUUUUAUUGAGUUUUACACUGCAUGUUCAAAUUCAAACAUUAAACAUCACCAUCAGCAUUUAAAGUUAAAGGGACCCCUGAUCAUUAGGUCCAGUCGUGGCCGACUCUGGGGUUGCGGCGCUCAUCCCGCUUUACUGGCCGAGGGAGCCGGCGUACAGCUUCCGGGUCAUGGGGCCAGCAGGACUAAGCCGCUUCUGGCGAACCAGAAACACCGUUUACCUUCCCGCCGGAGUGGUACCUAUUUAUCUACUUGUGCUGGUGUGCUUUCGAACUGCUAGGUUGGCAGGAGCAGGGACCGAGCAACGGGAGCUCACCCCGUCAUCGCGGGGAUUCGAACCGCCGACCUUCUGAUCGGCAAUCCUAGGCUCUGCGGUUUAACCCACAGCGCCACCCACGUCCCACACCAUCAGCAUUUAGGAGUCUCUGAAUCCUUAGACUCCCCUACACCUUUCCAUGGUUCUGUUGAAUGGACUGAACCAUCCAGGGGCCUUUACCUUUUACCUGGAGAGCGGGGCACCUUUCUCUGGGCGAGGGCCACAGUCUCAAAUGGGCAGCUUUCUGGGGGCUGGAGGCAAAUGGGGACAUGGCAACGGGUGUGGUUGUUUCUCCUGCGCAGUUAAAAGCCAGAGGUUUUUCUCUCACACAAAUGCAUCAUCCGACAUCUCUCUAUACCUCACACAGGUGAGCAAGAGGCCAGUCUCAUCAUCCCAGGUGAGCAAAUCAUACUCAGGAAGGCUAUGAAUUGGGGCCGCUGAGGGGCACGGGGAUAGGGUGUCAGAGUUUGGCCUAUACGUUGGAGAAAUAGUCUUUUUUUUUUUUACAAUCUUUUUUAUUCAGUUUUACACUACACACUUAAAUUCCAAACAUUAAACACCACCAUCUGCAUUUAGGUUUCCCUGAAUCCUUAGACUCCCCUCCAGCCUUCCGUGGCUUCUAUUUUCAAUCUUUUUCAACUGCUUCACAUAUUUUCUCUAUUUUUCUCAAAUAAUCCAUUUUUUACCUUCAUUUUUAAUACAUUGCAUGUGUUUCUCAAACCCUGCCAAAGUUUUUAGUUGUUCACAGUGUUCUCUUAGGUACAUUGCGAAUUUUCCCCGUUCCUUAUUAAAAUCCCUCUCUUCCCGGUCAUUUUGGCCAUUUCAGCAAAAUCCAUCAUCUUCAUCAGCCUCUUGUCUCUGGUCAGGACUUUAUCUUCUUUCCAUUUGUGGGCCAAGGUGGUUUGGGCUAGACCUCAAAGUCCACCUUAUUUUUUGUGUGGGUGACGCUAUGGCCUAAACUACUGAGCCUCUUGGGCUUCCUGAUAAGAAGGUCGCCGGUUCAAAGCCCCGCGAUGGAGUGAGCUCCCAUUGCUCUGUCCCAGCUCCUGCCAACCUAGCAGUUUGAAAGCACGCUGGUGCAAGUAGAUAAAUAGGUACCACUGUGGCGGGAAGGUAAAUGGCAUUUCCGUGCACUCUGGUUUCCGUCAUGCGCCAAAAGCGGUUCAGUCCUGCUGGCCACAUGACCCGGAAAGCUGUCUGCAGACAAAUGCCGGCUCUCUCAUCCUGAAAGCGAGAUGAGCGCUGCAACCCCAUAGUCGCCUUUGACAGGACUUAACCAUCCAGGGGUCCUUUACCUUUAGCUUUUUUACCUUAUUUUUUGUUUCUUUCCCCCCCUUAAAUCCUCUCCCUGCCUCCUCCUUUCUUCCUCUUUUUUCCUGCCACCCCCUUCACUCCUCCUCUUCUUGCCAUCUCCCCUCUCUGCCUUUUCCACCCCCCGCUUUGCCCCCUCUCUUCCAGCCACCCUUUCUCUCUUAAGUCCCCCUCGUCUCCUUCCCACCCACCUGAAAUUAAGCCAAGCGCCAUACUUGGGGGCCCCCUAGGGAUACAGACCCCCCACCCCUCGAUCUAUGGGAACAGAGUCUAUUGGAGGGUGCAAAGGAGGAUAAUAUGGGGUUCAUCCAGGCAACGCCUUUUUCAGGGACGACAGUCCUCAGGACGCAGUGGGUGGGAAGAAGCUGGGGGGGGCAUUAGACAAGAUCGGCCAAAGAAGGGGGGGGGAGAAACGGCAGUCUCAGAAAGCAAUUAGUUAUGGUGUCUUAAGGAGCCCGGUGCUCCCCCUUUCGAAUCUGAGAUACCAUCGCCUGAUUUCCCUGCUUUGACUAAGCCCCUAAUCUCCCAGAUAAUCUGUCUCAAAAAAUGCAAAAUACAUAUAUAUAUAUAAGAGAGAAAGAGCGCUAGCUGGAGUUGGCCUGUGAAUACAACACCUGAAGGGGCGCCGAAAACGAUUCUCCCCCCGCACACUACUUUACUAAUCACCUACUGUUGCCACUUUAUUAAUUUUAAGAGGUGCUCUGUUUAAUCUUGUAAAAAGGUAAUGGGAAGAGGUAAGAUUAGGCCGACCACGUGGACGUUUCGGGCACUCAGGGCUUCUCCGCAAGAGGCAGAGCUGUUUCAUAGAUAUUGUGUGGAAUCUUCGAUCUGGAAGGGCCCUCCAAGGAUCAUCUAGUCCAACCCAAGAAUUCGCAGCUGCCAAACCUGCAAACUUGGCAUUGCCUUCACCGUGCUCUAAUCGACAGAGCUGUCCGGCUGUCGGCAGUAGGAAUUGACAGAAGGCCGGUGGCUCUGGGGUGCUUGAGCCUCAGGGCACCAGCAGCUGUGAAUUUCUCUGCCACGGCGACGUUUCAAAUAUGGAUUUCCCGGCUCUUAAGUGGAAAUGGACGCGGGUGGCGCUGUGGGUUAAACCACAGAGCCUAGGGCUUGCCAAUCAGAAGGUCGGCGGUUUGAAUCCCUGCGACGGGGUGAGCUCCCGUUGCUCAGUCCCUGCUCCUGCCAACCUAGCAGUUCGAAAGCACGUCAACGUGCAAGUAGAUAAAUAGGUACCGCUCUGGCGGGAAGGUCAACGGCGUUUCCGUGUGCUGCUCUGGUUCGCCAGAAGCGGCUUAGUCCUGCUGGCCACAUGACCCGGAAGCUGUACGCCAGCUCCCUCGGCCAGUAAAGCGAGAUGAGCGCCGCAACCCCAGAAUCGGUCACAACUGGACCUAACGGACAGGGGUCCCUUUACCUUUAAGUGGAAAUGGCACACUGAGAAAUAUUUCGUUAAACAAAUUCUGAAUGCUGUACUGCACGCAUCAUGGUGGUUCGCAGUGACAGGGCAGCUGCCUUGAGUGCAGAAGGCACCAAGUUCAGUCCCCAGCAGCACUGGACUUCGGCUUCCGAAAAACAUUCGCAAACUGGAAUGCUUACUUCCGGUUUUGCGGCGUUCGGGAGCAAAGCCGUUCGAGUAUCAAGGUUCCACUCAGGGCUGGGUUUUGGUUCGAGGAGCCCCUAAGCUACUGAAGGUAAUGGGGCCCUUUUUGUGUCCAGCUGUCCUUUGCCAACAACAAAUGGUCACCGUUUUUUGUGUUAAAUAUAUGCUACAUGGUAUUUUAUGGACCUCAUAGGUCUCUCAAGCCAUUUGCACAUGUUGCCCUGCAACCAGUCCAUGCAGAAUGUAGGCACCCUAUAUAUUUGUUGUUGUUGUUGUUUAGUCAUUUCGUCGUGUCCGCCUCUUUGUGACCCCCUGGACCAGAGCACGCCAGGCCCUCCUGUCUUCCACUGCCAGUUUGGUCAAACUCAUGCUGGUAGCUUCGAGAACACUGUCCCACCAUCUCGUCCUCUGCCGUCCCCUUCUCCUUGUGCCCUCCAUAUUUCCCAACAUCAGGGUUUUUUCCAGGGAGUCUUCUCUUCUCAUGAGGUGGCCAAAGGCUUGGAGCCUCAGCUUCAGGAUCUGUCCUUCCAGUGAGCACUCAGGGCUGAUUUCCUUAAGAAUGGAGAGGUUUGAUCUUCUUGCAGUCCAUGGGACUCUCAAGAGUCUCCUCCAGCACCAGAAUUCAAAAGCAUCCAUUCUUCAGUGAUCAGCCUUCUUGAUGGUCCAGCUCUCACUUCCAUACAUCACUACUGGGAAAACCAUAGCUUUAACUAUACGGACCUUUGUUGGCAAGGUGAUGUCUCUGCUUUUUAAGAUAGAAAGGAGCAAACCAGUGAUAUUUUAGGGAGCAGGCGAGCAGGCGGGGCCCAUGACUUACAUCCUAGGAGCCUACACAACACAAAACACUGUUGCUGUGUGUAGGUAUUAUUUCAUUUGUUUUUUAUCUUAUGUUUUGGAAAUGUACAUCCAGUUGUUUUUUCCCUUUAAUUUUUUUGGGGCCCCCAAGAGAGUGGGGCCCUAAGCUCUAGCUUGUUUAGCUUAUACAUAAAUCCAGCACCGGUACCACUGUACUGAAUUCAGAUGCAGACUGAGGACCACAAAAGACUUUAUUGCCUCUUUCCUCCCAAGGGGAGGGGAAGUGACACAAAGCUAAGCCUGGCAGGGCAGCUUAAGGUAAAGGUAAAGGGACCCCUGACCAUUAGGUCCAGUCGUGGCCGACUCUGGGGUUGCGGCGCUCAUCUCGCUUUACUGGCCGAGGGAGCCGGCGUACAGCUUCCGGGUCAUGUGGCCAGCAGGACUAAGCCGCUUCUGGCGAACCAGAGCAGUGCACGGAAAUGCCGUUUGCCUUCCCACCGGAGCGGUACCUAUUGAUCUACUUGCACUUUGACAUGCUUUUGAACUGCUAGGUUGGCAGGAGCAGGGACCGAGCAACGGGAGCUCACUCUGUCACGGGGAUUCGAACCGCCGACCUUCUGAUCGGCAAGUCCUAGGCUCUGUGGUUUAACCCACAGCACCACCCGUGUCCGGCAGGACAGCUUACUCUAUGGCAUUAACCCUUUCAUGCAUUGAUUGGACUCAAGCAGGUUAUAUGACCCUGGUGACGUUCUGAGUCCCUUAACCUCUGCUUUUCCCUCCCCCUGCAGGUUCCACCAGGGUGACUACACCGUGGAGGUGAGCAUCAACGACUACCUGGACAUCUACUGCCCUCACUACGAGCUCCCGUUCCCCAUGGACCACAUGGAGAGAUACAUCCUCUACAUGGUCAACUAUGAGGGCCACGACUCCUGCGACCACCGCCAGAAUGGCUUCAAGCGCUGGGAGUGCAACCGGCCCGACUCGCCCAACGGGCCGCUGAAGUUCUCCGAGAAAUUCCAGCUCUUCACCCCGUUUUCGCUGGGCUUUGAAUUCCGACCGGGGCAUGAGUAUUACUACAUAUGUAAGUACUGGGGACAUGGGUGGUGCUGCGGGCUAAACCACUGAGACUAGUUGGGCCUCCCCUUUGGCCUGAUCCUCUGUGACAUCAGAGCAGCUAAGCCAAUAGCAGCCGGAGAGGCUGUGUGUCUCUUUGCGUGUGUUGUGAUUUCCCUCACCCUGAGAGGUCUUUCAGGACCGGUAGGUCUUUCAGGAAAAGGGACGCGGGUGGUGCUGUGGGUUAAACCACAGAGCCUAGGACUUGCUGAUCAGAAGGUCGGCGGUUCGAAUCACCACCGGGUGAGCUCCCGUUGCUCGGUCCCUGCUCCUGCCAACCUAGCAGUUCGAAAGCACCUCAAAGUGCAAGUAGAUCAAUAGGUACCGCUCCGGCGGGAAGGUAAACGGAGUUUCCGUGCGCUGCUCUGGUUUGCCAGAAGCGGCUUAGUCCUGCUGGCCACAUGACCCGGAAGCUCCCUCGGCCAGUAAAGCAAGAUGAGUGCCGCAACCCCAGAGUCGGUCACGACUGGACCUAAUGGUCAGGGGCCCCUUUACCUAGGUCGUUCAGGACUGGUGUUAUAUGGUCUUGGCGGCUGCUCCCAGUCACUAGUCUGGCAGCCGCAUUCUGGAUUAGUUGUAGUUUCCAGGUCACCUUCAAAGGUAGCCCCACAUAAAGCGCAUGGUAGUAGUCCAAGCGGGAGAUAACCAGAGCAUGCACCACUCUGCCCAGACUGUGGGCAAGGAGGGUUUCAGUCUGUGUACCAGAUGUAGCUAGUAGACAGCUGCCCUGGGCACAGAACUGACCUGCGCCUCCAUGGACAGCUGUGAAUGCUUCUGAAUGUCAUUUGCUACAAACCACAGGGGGAGAGAGUUGUUGUGGGGCUCAGAACAUGCUUGUGAGCUCCCCUUGGGGGAAUCUUGUUGGCCACCCAAGCUGGACGGGCCCGAUCCACCAGGCCUCUCUCCUUACAUUCCCCGAGCUCUUCCUGCGUUUCGAAAAGACAGCAAAAUCGGAAGCGACGACGUAGCCAAUUUAAGCGUCCUGAUUGCACCGUCGAUCCUAAACCAAAGCAAUCUCAGGGACCGGUUUAAUUAGCUGGCGUGACUCUAUUUAACCUCCGGCGGCGGCUCGGGAGCGCCGAACACCCAAAGACCCAGCUGGCGGGGCCACAUUCCACAGAUAAUAAUGAAAAUAAACCGAUAUGAGAGAGAGAGAGAAAGGCCCUUUGCAACUCAUCCGUUUCCCCCCUUGCAAUCACGCCCAUCGUGGCAGCUGGGGGAGGGAAGGGUGGCGGGACAGCGGCGCUAAAAAUGAUUCUGUUCCCAGACCAUGUUUCAGCUUGUAAAUGAUUUGAACUCAGCCCUCCCGCCGGGACCUGUGGCCCGGCUCGGCUACCAGGGAGGAAAAAUAAUCAAACGUUCGAAAUUAGCUUCCCGGACCACCCAUUAAGAAAGCCCCUGAUUUAAGAGUCUUCAUUUAUCUUCAUUUUCUUUUCUUUUCUUUUUUUGGGAAAGAAGGAAAGGGAGCAGUGGCGAGAGAGGGAGGAUCCUGGCUUUGAGCCUGCCUGAAAAUGGCAAGGGCAAGAAACCUGGCCGUGAAAAGGCUCCUGGUGACUCGCUGUACCUGGGGAGUUUGGGACACGGUUGGCACUGUGGUCUAAACCACCGAGCCUCUUGGGCUUGUGUGUGAUGGCCUGGGAUUCGGUGUGCUGGUCCCGUGGGUUUCCGUGAGGCAUGGUCUGAGUCCACAGUAUUUAGGGUACAGUAUUGAGGCCGUCCGUCAAAGCUGAAGCUGGGUCCAAGGCAGGGAGUCGGGCAAGGUCAGGAGAUCCGGCAGACCAGGGUGCCGGCAGGAACAGGCUACCAACAACGUUGCUCCCGCAACCUGGGACUGGGGCUGGCUGGCUUUUAUCUGCCCUGAGGCAUUUUAUCUGCCCCAAUCCUCAGGUGACUCGCCUCUCCUGGCCCCUCCUGCGGGAACUUAGUUCCCUCCGCCUCUCUGCCCUGAGCCUCUGCAGCUCAGGAGAGGCUGGGGGAUUCCUGGACCCAGAGGCAACCUCAGCUUCCUCUGCCGGGGCUGAGAGUGGAGCACCUGCAGGCAAUGGGUCCUCCAUCACCUCAGGAACCAGAGCAGACUCACCUGAGGACCCAGCACAGGUGAGGACCCUUCAGGCUCAAGCCCCAGCCCCGGCUCAGCUGGUUCUGGAGGCAGGGAGUCCUGUACAGGCUGGGAUUCCUCAGGUUCAGCCUCAGAGUCCGAAUCCCAGGCCAUCACACUCGGGCUCAGACUCGGAACCGGACGAGUCUCGGUCCGCACCAGAUCCUCUGCCUCAGGCAGCAUUUGAACAGAGUCUGGGGCCUGAUUCUGAAGAGCCCCAGUCUGCACAGGUUCCCCUGCAACAAACACCAGCUGGGCCGAGUCAGGGGCCUGAUCCUGCCCUGGCUCCAGAUGCAGGGAUGACCUCGUUGCCUCCAGCUGGGCCAUCACUUACAGCUGCUCCACUACCGGUUGGGUCAGGGGAGGCUGAGGCGGCCCCUGGGUCUAGUAACCCACCGACGUCUCCCGAGCUGCAGAGACUCAGGUCUGAGAUAAGGAGAGACCUGAGUACUCGCAGGAGGAGUGCUCGCCUUCGGGCGAAACAGGGAGGUGAGUCACUGGGGGAUCAGGACCGGCCGUUACCCCGUCAAAGAUAAAAGGCUGCCGGACCCCGCCCCAGGUUGCGGGAGCAACAUUGCUGCUUGCUGGAACCCUGUGCUUGACCUAGUCUGGUUUCCUUCGUUGGCCCUGUUGGACUGACUCCUUGUGGAAUCCUUGGAUUCGGGACCGGACCUGGACCGCGUUGCUUGGGUUAACCCCCAGGCCCAGCACAUUGUGGAUCGGAAGGUCGGCGGUUCGAAUCCCUGCAACGGGGCGAGCUGGGGGGCCUGUGGUUUCUCCUGCUUGCACUGCUGUGACAUCAGAGCAGCUAAGCCAAUAGGAGCCAAGGAAGCCAUCUUUUUUCCCCCUCCCGACAGAGGCCUGCUUGACAUCACAGCUGCUAAGCUAGUAACAGUCAGAGAGGAUGUAACAGCGCUUAACGCAGGCCUACUGUGGCGUCAGCUAAGCCAAUAAAGGCUUGAGGGGUUGUGAUUUUCCCUUGCCGGUAGCCUGCUGUGACAUCAGAGCAGCUAAGCCAAUAACGGUUAAGAGAGGUGAAGACGAGGGCAACCAAAACCAUCAAGGGAUUUUCAGUUCAGGGAAGUGGCAAGGGAAGGCAGCGGUGGAGGAAGCCAUAGUUGGCAGCUAUGCUGGGGGGGAGGCAGCGGGCAGACAGCAUGGGGCCUGUGGGCGCCCGAGACGCGUAGCUUGGGUGUGCUGAAGGCCCCGCAGUGAGUGCUGCCCGCCAUUUUGUCACCCCCUUAGUGGGGACACCCGGGGCAGACCGCACCUACCGCACACCCCCUUGCUACGCCCCUGAGUGAAGGUCCAGGGGAAAUGAUAUGAAAUUAUUCCUGGCAUGGAAGAAGCAGAACGCGAGAACUCGUGGGUGCCCAAUAAUAAUAAUAAUAAUAAUUUAUAAUUUAUUAUUCUGAUCCUGAUCUGAUUUGAGGAUGUGUUUUAACUGAUUGUCUGAUUUUAUGUUAAUGUGUUAUACAUUUGAUGUUAACCGCUCUGAGCCCGGCUUCGGCUGGGGAGGGCGGGAUAUAAAUAAAAAAUUUUUUAAUUAUUAUUAUUAUUAUACCCUGCCCGGCCACUCUGGGCGGUUUCCCCAGCCACUCUGGGCUGCUUCCACAAAAACCAAAAAUACACUAAGAUGUCACACAUUAAAAGCUUCCCUGAACAGGGCUGCCUUAAGAUGUCUUCUGAAUGUCAGGUAGUUGUUAACUCUUUGACAUCUGGUGGGAGGGCGUUCCACAGGGCGCCACUACCGAGAAGGCCCUCUGCCUCGUUCCCUGUAGCUUUGCUUCUCGCAAUGAGGGAACCGCCAGAAGGCCCUCAGAGCUGGACCUCAGCGUCCGGGCAGAACGAUGGGGGUGGAGACGCUCCUUCAGGUAUACUGGGCCGAGGCCGUUUAUUGGAACAUUGGAACUAAGCCGAACAUUGGAAGAUUCAAGGCAGAAAGAAGGAAGUCCUUCUUCACGCAGCUCAGAUUUCAACUGCGGAACUCCCUGCCACAAGAGGCAGGCAUGGCCACCCACUUGGACGGCUUUAAAAGCAGGUUGGGCAAGGCUUUCAACGGCCGCUGGGUCACGACGCUGGACUAGUUGGGCCUCCCCUUUGGCAGGGCUCUCGCGUGACACAGGCCUUCUGUGACAUCAGAGCAGCUAAGCCAAUAGCAGCCGGAGAGGCGGUGUGUCUCUUUGCGUGUGUUGCGAUUUCCCUCACCUCGAGAGGUCCAUGCAGAUCUCCGUCUUGCAACCGCAAGGCUGGAACCGGGCCCCCGGCAAGGAAAGAGAUCGGGCCCCUUUACGCUGUCAGUUUCAAGGUCAGCGCCGCGGAAUGGGGAAACUUAACAUCACACGCUCCCAAGCCAUCUCUUGAACCAGAAAGUUGGUCGCGUUUCCCCCCUCGCUGCAAUCAAUAAAGAAAUGUUAAAAUAAUAAUAACAUUAUUAAUUAAAAUCCACGACCCCAAAGCACUUCACGAUAGCAAGCCCUCUCUCUCUCCCUCGGUCCGGAAGCGGACAGGCAGAAUUUAUCUUUCUCAAUAUUUUCUUCCUCUCCUACUCUAAAGCAUCUGUUUUUCAACUUCCUUAAUUUGCUCCUUUUAUCUAUAUUAAAUUACCAUUUUCUCUCGUCGCACGCGGCCCACUCCCCCCUUCUCCCUGUGUAAAAUGUCACUUGGAAAAUAACUACAUUUACUACGACACGCUCUCUCUCUCUCUCUCUCUCUCUCUGUCCCUCACACUCUCUCUUUUUAAUGUCGUUAGGGAAAGAUUACACAGGAGUAAAUAGUGAAACUCAUCACGGCGAAAGCCGGUUAGAAUUCAUGUCAUGUGGAACAUUACAAAUUAUGUUUCUUUGAGGGCACUGUAUUUAGCAGACAUGAAAGAACGAACACUACCUCCUUCUGCAGCUUGCAAAUUGGAAUUCUAUUAACCUUCCAGGAAUCUAGAUGAGCGUCCUGGCUAUGCUCAACAGUACUAGGUCAAGGUUAAACAACACUUUUGGGGGACCACAAAAGGGUCGCUUUUUGGCUUUUGAGAUGUUCACUGCAGAGGGGCUAGAGGAGGGGGUUAAAGAGAGAGACCUACCCAGAACUGGAGGACCGGGGUGGGUGAUGGACAGUGCCGGAUUUAAGUAAAGGUAAAGGGACCCCUGACCAUUAGAUCCAGUCGUGGCCAACUCUGGGGUUGCAGCGCUCAUCUUGCUUUAUUGGCCGAGGGAGCCGGCGUACAGCUUCCGGGUCAUGUGGCCAGCAGGACUAAGCCGCUUCUGGCGAACCAGAGCAGCGCACGGAAACGCCGUUUGCCUUCCCGCUGGAGUGGUACCUAUUUAUCUACUUGCACUUUGACGUGCUUUCGAACUGCUAGGUUGGCAGGAGCAGGGACCAAGCAACGGGAGCUCACCCCGUGGCGGGGAUUCGAACCGCCGACCUUCUGAUCAGCAAGUCCUAGGCUCUGUGGUUUAACCCACAGCGCCACCCGCGUCCCAUGUGCUAGAUUUACGUAUAAACUAAACAAGCUAUAGUUUAGGGCCCCACUCUCUUGGGGGCCCCCCAAAAAAAUUAAAGGGAGAAAAAAACCAUGGAUGUACAUUUCCAAAAUAUAAGAUAAAAACAAAUAAAAUAAAACGUACAUGCAGCAACAGUGUUUUGUGUUGUGUCGGCUCCUAUUAUAGAAGUCAUGGGCCCCACCUGCUAGCCUGCUCCCUAAAAUAUCCCUGGUUUGCUCCUUUCUAUAUAUAGGGUGCCUACAUUCUUCAUGGACUGGUUGCAUGGCAACAUGUGCAAAUGACUUUAGAUACCUAUUAGGUCCAUAAAUGACCCUAUAGCUGUUGUCUAAAACUACUGAGCUUGCCGAUCGGAAGGUUGGCAGUUCAAAUCCCCGCGACGGGGUGAACUCCCGUUGCUCGGUCCUUGCUCCUGCCCACCUAGCAGUUCGAAAGCACGUCAAAGUGCAAGUAGAUAGUCUUCCCUCCGGCGGGAAGGUAAACGGCGUUUCCGUGCGCUGCUCUGGUUCGCCAGAAGCGGCUUAGUCCUGCUGGCCACAUGACCCGGAAGCUGUACGCCGGCUCCCUCGGCCAGUAAAGCGAGAUGAGCGCCGUAACCCCAGAGUCGGCCAUGACUGGACCUAAUGGUCAGGGGUCCCUUUACCCUUUACCUCUAAUAAUAUUAUUAAUUAUCAACCUUGCCUUUUGCUUAGAAUAGAUAGCCUCUAUGCCUCUUACAAAUGUCAUUCCAAAGUUCGUCUGCUCUAGGGCCUUCAACAUAAAGGCCCAUGAAACAUUGUCAAAAGCUUUUUCCGCAUCAAUAAACAUCAAUGCUGUUUAUUAUAUUUCUAGUAUUUUCUUUCAUUUGUCGACCUGGGAGAGAUCCUGUUUGAUCUUGAUGGAUUAUUUCCAAUAGUAGACCUUUCAUUCGCCUUGCUAAAAUAUUUUCAAAUACUUUAUAAUCACAAUUUAAUAAUGAAAUUGGUCUGUGAUUUUUCGCUUCCAAUUUAUCUACCUCUUCCUUUGGAAUUAAAGUAAUGUAUGCCUCUUCCCAGGUCUUUGGUAUUUUCCCAAGGGCACAACUCAGCAAGGCAAAAACUCUCAGGGAGAGUGCAAAGUAGGACCAGUAAGGGCCGUGGCCUCAGGAUAAGAGCCGUGGUCUAGGGAGAAGGGUGUUGCUUGUACAGGUUUAUUAUAUUUUGUAUGCCACCUUUCCCCAAAAAAACUUUUAAAGCACUGUAAGUGGUUCUCCUCCCCCAUUUUGGCCUAACAACAACCCUGCGAACCUAUCUUGCAGGGUUAGGUAAGUAAAGCUCUGGUUUUCCCAGUAGUGAUGUAUGGAAGUGAGAGCUGGACCAUAAAGAAGGCUGAUCACCGAAGAAUGGAUGCUUUUGAAUUCUGGUGCUGGAGGAGACUCUUGAGAGUCCCAUGGACUGCAAGAUCAAACCUCUCCAUUUGGAAGGAAAUCAGCCCUGAGUGCUCACUGGAAGGACAGAUCGUGAAGCUGAGGCUCCAAGACUUUGGCCACCUCAUGAGAAGAGAAGACUCCCUGGAAAAGACCCUGAUGUUGGGAAAGAUGGAGGGCACAAGGAGAAGGGGACGACAGAGGAUGAGAUGGUGGGACAGUGUUCUCGAAGCAACCAGCAUGAGUUUGACCAAACUGUGGGAGGCAGUGGAAGACAGGAGUGCCUGGCGUGUUCUGGUCCAGGGGGUCACAAAGAGGCGGACACGACUAAACGACUAAACAGCAACAACACCUCACAGAGUUGUUGUAGGGGUUAAAAGGGGGAACCAUGUAGACCCCCUGGGUCUCUUUGGAGGAACAAAGGGAGGGCAUAAAUGUAAUACAAUCAAUUUAGGUUUGGCUGAGAGACUGACUGGUCCCCAGGAUUUGAAGAGGGUCCCGAGGGCCGUAUAAAGCAGCUUGGAGGCCCGCAUCCGGCCCCUGAGCCAGGGUUCUCCCACCAGUGACUGAUGCAGUUAAAACAAAAAAGCACCUUCAUUCUUCUUGGCGGCAGGAACUCUGCCCGCACUCAGAGGCACUCUGAGUCCAUCGACCAAAAGAAUGGGAGACGGUUUCUUUGGCAAGGAAGACACAGGUGUGUUCGUAAAAAUUGCCUGUUUGUGUGCGGGGAGACCUUGGUUCUUGUUUGCCGAGCCCCCCGCCAGCCCUCAGUCUAACUGCAAUGUUUAAUCAGUUGGCCAAUGUAAUGUUGCUGGGGGCGGGGGCGCCAGGCUGGAAUUAGGUUUGGAAAUUAAGCCAGAAAUUCCAAAAGAAUAAAGGAAUGCAACAGGGGGGAAAUCCAUUUAUCCCUUUUUUCUUUUCUCUCCCUCCCUCUUAUGCUAAGCAGACUAAGGAUCCGUGAGUUAUUUGUGUUGGAAAUGCGGGCUUGGCCCUCACGCCAGCUCCUCGCACCCAGAGCGGUUUCCAAAAGGAAGCCCGCCCCCAAUUUAAAUAAAUCCGGCAUAUGGAUAAUCCUAUUGCAUGCUAAUAGAGGAGCUUCGGUGCUCAGCGCACCAGGCCAACUGCAGUCCGAAUGGUCAGGUUGCAGCAAGCAGGACUUUUUAGUCCAGAGAAAAGGCAAGCGAGAGGCGACGCGAGGAAAGUAUUGCAAAAUGCACGAUGCGGUAGGUGGAGGAAGUGAGCAGAGAAAAUCUCCCCCCCCCCCCAUCUCUCGCAAUACAGUGGUGGUGGUUGUUGUCGUUUAGUCGUUUAGUUGUGUCCGACUCUUUGUGACCCCCUGGACCAGAGCACGCCAGGCCCUCCUGUCUUCCACUGCCUCCCGCAGUUUGGUCAAACUCAUGCUGGUAGCUUCCAGAACACUGUCCCACUAUCUCGUCCUCCGUCGUCCCCUUCUCCUUGUGCCCUCCAUCUUUCCCAACAUCAGGGUCUUUUCCAGGGAGUCUUCUCUUCUCAUGAGGUGGCCAAAGUCUUGGAGCCUCAGCUUCAGGAUCUGUCCUUCCAGUGAGCACUCAGGGCUGAUUUCCUUAGGAAUGGAGAGGUUUGAUCUUCUUGCAGUCCAUAGGACUCUCAAGAGUCUCCUCCAGCUCCAGAAUUCAAAAGCAUCCAUUCUUUGGCGAUCAGCCUUCUUAAUUGGUCCAGCUAUCACUUCCAUGCAUCACUACUGGGACAACCAUAGCUUUUACUAUACGGACCUUAAUACAGUGGUACCUCAGGUUAAGUACUUAAUUCGUUCCAGAGGUCCGUACUUAACCUGAAACUGUUCUUAACCUGAAGCACCACUUUAGCUAAUGGGGCCUCCUGCUGCUGCCACACCGCCAGAGCACGAUUUCUGUUCUCAUCCUGAAGCAAAGUUCUUAACCUGAAGCACUAUUUCUGGGUUAGCGGAGUCUGUAACCCAAAGCGUAUGUAACCUGAAGUGUAUGUAACCCGAGGUACCACUGUACUAGAACUCGGGGAACAUCCGAUGAUGUUGGAAGAUUGAGGGCAGCUAAAAAAGAAAGGACUUCUUCAUGUGGCGCAGUUAAACUGUGGAACUCACCGCCACAGCAGGCGGCAACGGCCACUGACUUGAACCGCUUUAAAAGACGAUUAGGCAAUUCACAGGAGGAAGCUAGCAAUGGCUAUUAGCUAUGAUCAGAGGAAGAAAAGUUGUUGAGAUUUUUGCUUUGGGGGGGGGCAAAGUCACUGAGCUUUCCUGCCCACAAUAUUGCAAAUUCACAAAAGCAAAAGAAGGGAGUUUUUGAGCCAAAAGCAACGCUGCCACAAUGGGUUGCCAUACGUCCAGAUUUUCCUGGACAUUUUUCAGCCCAGACACUGCUUCCAACAGCAGUAUUCCGGGAAAUUCCAGGCGUAUGGCAACCCUAAGAAAAACAAGAACUUUUUAGGGGGUGGGUAGAACCAAAGUCCUUCACACACACAGCUUUCCAACCUCCAAAACAGUCCAAUGUGGUUGAAAGAUGCCUGCAGGUCUGAGCACUGGAGGGAAAGGGCUUCGUGGAGAACAGUUCGGGGGUUUAUUUGUGAAAUAUAAUCCUGGGAGACACGGGUGGUGCUGUGGGUUAAACCACAGAGCCUAGGACUUGCCGAUCAGAAGGUCGGCAGUUCGAAUCCCCGCAAUGAUGGGGUGAGCUCCCGUUCCUCGGUCCCUGCUCCUGCCCACCUAGCAGUUCGAAAGCACCUCAAAGUGCAAGUAGAUAAAUAGGUACCGCUCCGGCGGGAAGGUAAACGGCGUUUCCGUGCGCUGCUCUGGUUCGCCAGAAGCGGCUUAGUCCUGCUGGCCACAUGACCCGGAAGCUGUACGCUGGCUCCCUCGGCCAGUAAAGCGAGAUGAGCGCCGCAACCCCAGAGUCAGCCACGACUGGACCUAAUGGUCAGGGGUCCCUUUACCUUUUAUCCUGGGAGAGGGUUUCAGCCAGCCAUAAAUAAGGAAUCGCUGCCCAUUUUGUUCCCCCUUUUUUUUAAGGUUUCUCAGCAGCGUGCCCGCCUUUCGCACUCGGGCCUCGCUCCGGGAGACGGGUGCCCCCCUCUCCCCAUGACGGGAUAUGCAGAUGGAGGGGGUGUGGCUAUGCAAAUGAGGGCAUUCUCCGCUCUUCAAUGGCUCCCCAUUGAGGAGCGCGCUCUCUUUCGCUGACAAAAGGUGACAUCAGCUCUCCAUUGUCGGGUUUUCUUGUCCGGGAGACAAUAUCGCUCCUCUGAGCCCCCCCGGGGUUGGGAGCGUGUAGAUGAGAAGCGAUGGAAAGAGAGGGAGGUGGGGAGGGGAAUUAAAAUGAAGCCCUCGACAUUGUUGCCAUCAAUAUCUCAGCAAGCCUCUGGGAACAAUAUUGAAAUCCCCUGGGAACAGGGCUGCUAUGGAAUGGCAGCUCGGCAGAAACCGGCCCUCUGUUCAGAAACGAGGUCUUUCCCUGACAUCCUUUAAGGACGCAGCUAUUUCCAUUUAUUCAGAAUACUCUUUAUGCCCCGCCGUCAUCCCCCUGAGGAGAUCGGGCCGACACGCAUUUAAAUCAAAAAAGUGGUUUUUAAAACCCGAGCAAGCGAAGCGUAGCACCACGGACAGAAUCUCCCAGAGAUCUUAAGAACUUUUUGAACUACCCUGAGUCUGGCACUGCCACAUAAAUCCCUGUUCUGCGUCUGCAAGAAACCGACGUAAGCUUUGGAACUCCCUGCCACUUGACACCGAACUCUUUCUCACCUGCUAAAAACAUUUAUUCUUUCGACAAAAUGCCAGCGUGUUUUUAGUUUACUGCUGGCUUUAAUUCUUUGAAUAUUUAAACAUACACAUACAGUGGUACCUCGGGUUAAGUGCUUAAUUCGUUCCGGAGGUCCGUACUUAACCCGAAACUGUUCUUAACCUGAAGCACCACUUUAGCUAAUGGGGCCUCCUGCUGCUGCCACGCCGCUGGAGCACAAUUUCUGUUCUCAUCCUAAAGCAAAGUUCUUAACCUGACGCGCUAUUUCUGGGUUAGCGGAGUCUGUAACCUGAAGCCUAUGUAACCUGAAGCGUAUGUAACCUGAGGUACCACUGUAUUCUUUUGUUUUAUUCUUUUUUAAACUUUAUUGCAAAACAAUUUACAUAUAAAACACAAAGAGAAUACCUUGAUGACAACUAAACAUUAACUAACAACACAUCAUCUAACAUCACACACACUUUUGACUUCCGGUUCACCUCAUUGUGUUUUCUACAUAUUCUUAACCUUCACACAUUUCCUGUUAUAUCAGUUACAUACACAGAAAAUGUCCUACGUUUAUAGUUUUCCUUAAUAUUCAAGAUUCAGUCGAGACCUGUCAGGAGAUUUGCAUUUUCACAAUAUUGUUUUAGAUAUUCUUUAAAUGUUAUCCACUCUUUACACACUUUCUGGUUUGAGUUUCCUUUUAUUCUCCCAGUCAUUUUCGCAAGUUCCAAGUAUUCUAUCAUCUUUACUUGCCAGUCAAGCUUUGUAGGAAUUGAGUCACCUCUCCAGUUUUUUGCUACUAAAAUUCUAGCUGCCGUAGUUGCAUACAUAAAGAUGGUUCUAAAGUUGUUGGUUUUUUUAUUUCAGUGGACAUAAAGGCUUCUGGGUUUUUUGGAAGGAGAAUUUAAAGAUCUUUUUGAGUUUGUUGUAUAUUAUAUCCCAGAAUUCUUGUAUCCUCACACAGUCCCACCACAUGUGCAUGAAAGUAAGGUAAAGGUAAAGGGACCCCUAAGUAGGUAAAGGUAAAGGGACCUCUGACCAUUAGGUCCAGUCGUGGCCGACUCUGGGGUUGCGGCGCUCAUCUCGCUUUAUUGGCCGAGGGAGCCGGCGUACAGCUUCCGGGUCAUGUGGCCAGCAGGACUAAGCCGCUUCUGGCGAACCAGAGCAGCGCACGGAAACGCCGUUUACCUUCCCGCUGGAGUGGUACCUAUUUAUCUACUUGCACUUUGAGGUGCUUUCGAACUGCUAGGUGGGCAGGAGCAGGGACCGAGCAACGGGAGCUCACCCCGUCGUCGCGGGGAUUCGAACCGCCGACCUUCUGAUCAGCACGUCCUAGGCUCUGUGGUUUAACCCACAGCGCCACCUGCAUCCCUUGUGCAUGAAAGUACCUUCCCCAUUUAUUUUUGUUUUAUUAUUAGGGGAAACUGCUUUGAUUUCUUCCUUUCCUUUUACAAUCAAGUGGUAUGUACCGUAUUUUUCGCCCUAUAGGACGCACUUUUUCCUUCCAAAAAUGAAGCGGAAAUGUGUGUGCGUCCUAUGGGCAAUGCAGGCUGAAGUCGCAGAGGCCGGUGCGCACAACCUCUCUCGCCAGGCCGCGGAGCUCCCAGCGCCGGGCUCCCGCGGCUUUCGGAGAUUUUCCUGCAUGCUGAAGCCUGUGCGCGUUGAGCUCAGCGCGUCCAGGCUUCGCGGACCUCUCCGCAAGCAGCGGGAGCCGGCGCUGGGCUCCCACGGCUUGCAGAGAGCUGCCUGUUUGGGGGCUGGGGUCGGGGGAAGCUCGGGCUUCCCCCGCCCCAGCUCCGCACCUGGGGGAAAAAUAAUUCCCCCCCCCCUUUAUUUCCCCCCCAAAAAACUAGGUGCGCUUUAUGGGACGGUGCGUCCUAUAGGGCGAAAAAUACGGUAAUUUAAAAAAAAAACAAGGAACAGCACGCGAGUCUCCGAGACACAAAAUAGACGCAUCUCUUCUCCUUUUACUCAUGGAUGUGUUUUCUGGGCAGGUAUCGACUUCGGAUGGGUUUUGCCAGAGCUCAGCUGUGGGACCAGAUCAAGAUCCUUUUGCUAAACCUCCCAACCUGAUUUUUUUAGUUUUUGGAUUCGUAAUAAUGGCACUCGGAGACCUUGGGCAGCGGACAGGGUGCCAGCGCCCCGAGGGGUCCCAAAACAGAGGGGGACCCCCCCCACAAUUCCUCUGGCCUUGCCAUGCCCCGGGGCAUUGUGGGAAAUAAAUGGCUACCCAGCAUUCCUCGGAAGAGAGCCCGCCAUUUGCGCCAGGCCUUCUCAAACCAGCCCUAAAAAGAGAAUAAUGACAGGGUGCAAAAUGGUGUUCACCACACCCAUAUUUCGGCCAUUUCUAUUUUCUCAUAAUUCCUCAUCACGAGGGAGGGAACCUUUCUCCCCAUCCCUUCCCAGCAGCAAAGUGGGGCCACGAGCUUUUUAAAAAGGGGGGCCUGCCAUUCCUCACCCCGCCCCAAACUGCCCCAGAUGGACACAGCAUCUGUGGGGAUUUUGGAAUUUGGAAAAUGUCAAGUUGCUUUCCUACAGCAUUCCUUCUGUGUCCAGCUCCACUGCAAAAAAUAAAGCCCCCAAAGUAGCAAAAAGAUCAGGUAGGAAAACAAACAGGACUUUAGCCAACACAUAUCAAAACACACACCCAUUUUUUUAUUUAAAAUUUUGCUCCAUUAAAAAAACCCCCACCAAAGUAGAUAGUCCUUGUGUUGAAAAAACAGCUGUGCGGUUUCUGAAAGAAUUGUAAUUUUUUUAUUAUUAUUACUUCCUGGCUACUUUUUUUUGCAUCAAACGUCACGCUGUUUCCCCUCUUCCAAACAUAUGUGAUUUUAGCAGGCAGAGAAUGACUCGUGAUUCCUGCAUUUUCCUGGUUCAGAAAAUCCACAAACCGCUCUGUGUGAAUUCCUGGACGAAGACGCGGGUUGUGAACUGAAGGAGCGGUUUAGAAACUUGAAAACGUUGUCCAGAAAGCACAAAACCUACAUGUUGUUUGCUAUGGUGAAAAUAUUAUCUUUUUUUAAAAAAAAUUGAGAACCCCCAAUCAUUAGAUCCCCAUCCAAACACUUAAUGUGUGUAUCUGUAAAUAGAAAGAUAUUGCAAAAAUCCAAACGCUAUCCAAACCUCGCAGCAAAUAUAUCCUUUCAAAGGCUCCCCCUUUUGAGUUCCCAGCUCACUUGUUUCCGUCCUCCUGGUUGCAAGAGGUGGAUAAGUCUCUUUAUUUGAUCAAAUCAAGUCUUCAUUGUUUUCAACAAGGACCAGCAUUUAAGAAGCAAAAACAUUUUUGGUUAGACGAGCCUGCCCAAAUGUUAAGUCGAUGUGAGUUUUAAUCUGGUUUUUUUUUUAAAGCUUAUUGUUCUUUCAACCUUGAGAAUUAUUGUUUUAUAUUUUUUUGUAAACCGCUUUGGAGUUUGUCUGUAUUUUUACAAUCCAGAGCAGCCUAUUCCUGCCUUGCGGAGGGUUGGGUCCUUUCCAACUCUGCGAUUUUAUGAUUCUAGAUAAGUUUCAAAUAAAACCCAGAACCACGUCGAACACAUUAUCCAAUGAAAUAAAAUAAAGCUGGACAGAGCGGAUUUAAAUUAAGAGUUUUUGAGUCCCGUCGUGAACUCCAAGAAGGAAACUUUCAAGAUACGCGAGGUCAGGUUUCUGGUGGGUUUUGCUAAUGCAGUUCUUCGCGAUAUACAGGUGAAACUCGAAAAAUUAGAAUAUCGUGGGAAAGUUCGUUGAUUUCAGGAAUUCAACUUGAAUGGUGAAACUAAUAUAUGAGAUCGACUCGUGGAAUGCAAAGCGCGACGUGCUUCUACUUCUCAGAGGUCCAAUCUUCUCGAUUUGCAAUCCUUGUUUUGCUGAUUUCCUUGAAUAUUCUAAUUUUCUAAGAUGGUUAAUUUGGGGUUUUCACCAGCUGUACGCCAUGAUCGUGGCAAUGAUCACAUAUCAAGGCUUGACAUAUCUUGCUUUGCAUGUCACGAGUCUGUCUCAUAUAUUAGUUUCACCUUUCCAGUUGAAUUCCUGAAAUCAAGGAACUUUCUCACAAUAUUCUAAUUUUUCGAGUUUCACCUGUAACUAUUUUAAAAAUCUGAUUCUUCAUUUCUUUAACGCCUCUCCAUUCAGAAGGAGCGUUAAGGAUAGAUGCAGAUGAGCUGAGGCCAACGCUUGAAUCUACAGUUCCCCGGAUAAGCAAUGCUCUUAAAUCGGUGUCUGAACGUGGUGUUAACACGAAUUUUCGGUGACCCUUCCGAGCAAAGGGCUUUUCUUCAAACAGGAUGUCCCCCGCCUGGCACCCGAGUCGGGACUGUCAAAGCCGAUCUGUUUCAGGGACAGACGGAAAAUCCACCUUGUCAAAUUUAGGCCUCCCUAAAAGUGCUUUUCACAUGCACCUUUUCUUUCCGCCCCUCAGCCGAACUGUCCAUCCUAAUCCGGGCCAAUUUCAUGCCUCGGAGAGUUCCCACCCACCACCCUGAGCUUUUAAUUGCAAACUUUUUGCUCUUUCUCUCAAACCGACCCAGCCUCCUCCUCCUCCUCCUCUCUUCGCCCGCCUCUCCCGACUUAUCUGCAGAACGCCGUCGAAAGCGUAUCAUUUGCCUUGUCAGGUUUUUAUUGGGGGAAAUCCGAACAUGUCCAAGGAUGUAGGGCGGAGAAAAGCACCCCGCUUGGGGGUCGGACAACUUUUGACAUCAGUUUGAUCAAAGAUGCGGUAUUAAAAGCGGGAGCUUUUGUGCGCGGGGUUCGCCCCCCUCCCCAAAUCGCCCGGCUAAAGAAACGGAGGAAGCACCUCGGAGAUGGCUAAGCUUCUUAGUAGGAGCUGGGCAACAUCUGCGGGUCAAACGGCAAUCGGCGCGAGGUCUUUCCCAUGGGGGGGGACACAUCUGGUAGGGCGCUGUGAGACUAGGAUGCUGGACUCAACCUCGGCCCAGCAGCCAAGCUCUUCCGGUGCUCCUAUGUAUGGGAAUGUAGCAGGAAAGUAUAUAUUGGCAGUGCUGAAUUUACAUAGAGUGGUACCUCGGGUUAAGAACUUAAAUCCUUCUGGAGGUCCGUUCUUAACCUGAAACUGUUCUUAACCUGAAGCACCACUUUAGCUAAUGGGUCCUCCUGCUGCCGCCGUGCGAUUUCUGUUCUCGUCCUUAAGCAAAGUUCUUAACCUGAGGUACUAUUUCUGGGUUAGCGGAGUCUGUAACCUGAAGCGUCUGUAACCUGAGGUACCACUGUAUAAGCUAAACAAGCUAUAGCUUAGGGCCCCACUCUCUUCGGGGCCCCCCAAAAAAAAUUAAAGGAAAAGAAACUGGAUGUACAUUUCCAGAAUAGAAGAUAAAAAACAAAUAAAAUAAAACCUACAUCCAGCAACAGUGUUUUGUGUUGUGUCGGCUCCUAAGAUGUAGGUCAUGAGCCUUCUUGCCUGCUCCCUAAAAUAUCACUGGUUUGCUCAUUUCUAUAUACAGUGGUACCUCGGGUUACAUACGCUUCAGGUUACAUACGCUUCAGGUUACAGACUCCGCUAACCCAGAAAUAGUGCUUCAGGUUAAGAACUUUGCUUCAGGAUGAGAACAGAAAUUGUGCUCCGGUGGUGCGGCAGCAGCGGGAGGCCCCAUUAGCUAAAGUGGUGCUUCAGGUUAAGAACGGACCUCCGGAACGAAGCAAGUACUUAACCCGAGGUGCCACUGUAUAGGGUGCCUACAUUCUGCAUGGACUGGUUGCAUGGCCACAUGUGCAAAAGGCUUGAGAUAUCUAUUAGGUCCAUCAAUUACCAUAUAGCAUAUAUUCAGCACAAAAAAACAAUGACAAUUUGUUGUUGACAAAGGACAGCUGGACAUAGAAAGGGCCCCAUUACCUUCAGUAGCUUAGGGCCUCAUCAAACCUAGAUCCAGCCCUGGGUAGGUGGGAUUCGAACCCCAGUCUCUGAGGCCUUAGUCUGACACUACACCUCACCAGUAUGAGUGAGAUGAGUCUCAUCGCAGCCACACUAAACGAUUGAGUUCUUAUAGAUGCAGUUUGGAUGUUAUGUGGCACCUUUGGGGAUGCGGGUGGCGCUGUGGUCUAACCCACUGAGCCUCUUGGGCUUGCUGAUCAGAAGGUCGGCGGUUCGAAUCCCCACGACGGGGUGAGCUCCCGCUGCUCUGUCUCAGCUCCUGCCAACCUAGCGGUUCGAAAGCACGUCAAAGUGCAAGUAGAUCAGUAGGUACUGCUGUGGCAGGAAGGUAAACGGUGUUUCCGUGCACUCUGGCUACCAUCACAGUGUACCGUUGCACCAUAAGUGGUUUAGUCCUGCUGGCCACAUGACCCAGGAAGCUGUCUGUGGGCAAACGCCAGCUCCAUCGGCCUAAAAGCAGAGAUGAGCGCCGCAACCCCAUAGUCACCUUUGACCGGAUUUAACCGUCCAGGUGUCCUUUACCUUUACCCUCGUGGCACUUGCAGAAGUGCCAAUUCCCCCAAUCAGGGAUACCAGGGUUCAAGAGUCCCCUAAGUUGUUCAGAGCUUUGCACAUCGAUAGGUAAAGGUAAAGGGACCCCUGACCAUUAGGUCCAGUCGUGGCCGACUCUGGGGUUGCGGCGCUCAUCCCGCAUUACUGGCCGAGGGAGCCGGCAUACAGCUUCUGGGUCAUGUGGCCAGCAGGACUAAGCCGCUUCUGGCUAACCAGAGCAGCGCACGGAAACGCCAUUUAUCUUCCCGCCGGAGUGGUACCUAUUUAUCUACUUGCACUUUGUCGUGCUUUCAGACUGCUAGGUUGGCAGGAGCAGGGACCGAGCAACGGGAGCUCACCCCGUCAUUGUGGGGAUUCGAACCGCCAACCUUCUGAUUGGCAAGCCCUAGGCUCUGUGGUUUAACCCACAGCACCACCCGCGUUCCUUUUGCACAUCGAUGCAAGGAUCUUGAGCAUGACUCGGUAGUAGGUGCAGUCUGGCUCCUGCAUUUUCCCCCAGCCAGGGCGUCUGAACCAGGUCCGAGGGCAGCCCCACCAAGUUUGUAUUACAGUAGUCCAGCCUCAAAGUUACCAACCCAUGGAUUGUAACGGCAAGGCUGUCUCUGUUCAGGGAUGAAAAGGGAAUUUGCUGGAAGUGGCUACCUUGGGUCCAUGAAUUUAAAGUGGCUGACUCUUGAGUAGGGCCUCUGUCGGAGACAGCCCUACACGAAUCGCCCAGCGAGGGCAGCCUGCCCUGAAACACGGGCCAUUUGAGCAAAAUGAAAAAGAGUAUGGAAGGGAAACAAUUGACCCCAUUGCACUGUUUGUGUUCAUGGUGCAAAAUUCACGAAGGAAGCCAAACCACGACAAUGUUGGUGUCAUUUUGGGCUAUAGGGUUCUGAAACAGAGCAGGGAUUUAAGAACAGGGGCUUCAGAAAUAACCCUAUAAAUCUGCCCUUUUUGGAAAUGUGUAAAAUUGAAACUUUAUGUAGGACACAUGUGGGUUUUUUUUGUGAUGACGUUCUUUCUCUCCUCUCCCUCCUUUUGUCUCUUGCAGCGGCAACGCCUCCGAACUUGGUCGACAAGCCCUGCUUAAAGCUGAAGGUUUACGUCCGGCCGACAAGUAAGUGACGUCUCAGGACACCGGAAAGAUCCUCUGCAGGUUCCAGGGUGCCAUUUCGGCAAAUCCCAGGGUGCAAAUCCGCACACAAACACAUACCCAUCUGGGAUUCGCGAUUCAGGCAUCGGGUCUCUGCGAAUCCCAGCCAGGGCAGGAUUCGUGGCUCAGAAACCGUGUCAAAAUACAUUCUGAAACUCGCCAUUUGAGAGAAAACACUUUUCAGAGCGCAUUUUUUUGGGGGUGGGCGAUGCAGUUAAGAAAUGCAGGGUUUCGUCAAUUAUUAUUUUCUUCCCUCCCUGCGAGCAGCCACGUUACAGGGAACCAGGCAGAGGGCCUUCUCGGUGGUGGCACCCGCCCUGUGGAACGCCCUCCCACCAGAUGUCAAAGAGAAAAACAACUAGCAGACUUUUAGAAGACAUCUGAAGGCAGCCCUGUUUAGGGAAGCUUCUAAUGUUUAGUCGGUUAUUGUAUUUUAGUGUUUUGUUGGAAGCCGCCCAGAGUGGCUGGGGAAACCCAGUCAGAUGGGUGGGGUUUAAAUAAAUUAUUAUUAUUAUUAUUAUUAUUAUUAUUAUUAUUAUCAUCAUCAUCUUUAUAUACCGUCUCUCUCUGCUGGGGGAGCUGUGAAGCAGACAAGAAACUCAGCAAUACUAUGUUUGUAGAGGACUUGGGUCUUUGGGUGGCUGUCAGACCUAUAGAAUCAUAGAAUCAUAGAGCUGGAAGAGACCACAAGGGCCAUUGAGUCCAACCCCCUGCCAAGCAGGAAACACCAUCAGAGCACUCCUGACAUAUGGUUGUCAAGCCUCUGCUUAAAGACCUCCAAAGAAGGAGACUCCACCACACUCCUUGGCAGCAAAUUCCACUGUCGAACAGCUCUUACUGUCAGGAAGUUCUUCCUAAUGUUGAGGUGGAAUCUUCUUUCUUGUAGUUUGGAUCCAUUGCUCCGUGUCCGCUUCUCUGGAGCAGCAGAAAACAACCUUUCUCCCUCCUCGAUGUGACAUCCUUUUAUAUAUUUGAACAUGGCUAUCAUAUCACCCCUUAACCUCCUCUUCUCCAGGCUAAACAUGCCCAGCUCCCUUAGCCGUUCCUCAUAAGGCAUCGUUUCCAGGCCUUUGACCAUUUUGGUUGCCCUCCUCUGGACACCUGAGCACUUUCUGAGAAUCACAGAACUGUAGAGUUGGAAGGGACCUCUUGAGUCAUCUAGUCCAACCCCCUGCAAUGCAGGAAUCUCAGCUAAAGCAUCCACGACAGAGGGCCAUCCAACCUCUGCUUGAAAACCACCAGGGAAGGAGAGUCCACAACCUCCCGAGGGAGAACGUUCCACUAGCUCUUACUGUCAGAAAGUUACUCCUGAUGUUUAGUCGGAAAGUCCUUUGUCGUAACUUGAAUCCAUCGGUUCAGGUCUUUUCCUCCAGAGCACCUGAAAACAAGCUCGCUCCAUCUUCCAUGUGGCAGCCUAUUGGAAGAUGGCCAUCAUAUCCCCUCUCAGUCUCUAAAUAUACCCAGCUCCUUCAACCGUUCUUCAUCAGGCUUGGUUUCCAGACCCUUGAUCAUCUUGGUCACCCUCCUCUACACACCUUCCAAGCUUGUCAAUCUCCUCCUUAAAUUGUGGCGCCCAGAACUGGUGUGGUCUGAGCAGGCAGAAUAGAGUGGGACUAUGACUUCCCUUGAUCUGGACACUAGAUUUCUGUUUGAUGCAGCCUAGAACAGCGUUAGCCUUUUUUGCUGCUGCAUCACAUGGCUGACUCGCACUGUAUCCCCUGAAUAUCUGGUCUGUUUUCUGCUGUUGUUGCUGUAAAGUGGUACCUUGGUUCUCAAGCUUAAUCCAUUCCGGAAGUCCGUUCCAAAACCAAAGCGUUCCAAAACCAAGGCGUGCUUUCCCAUAGAAAGCAAUGCAAAAUGGAUUAAUCAGUUCCAGACUUUUAAAAACAACCCCUGAAACAGCAAUUGAACAGGAAUUUUACUAUCUAUCGAGACCAUUGAUCCAUAAAAUGAAAGCAAUGAUCAGUGUACUGUACUAUAAAAUAAGUAAGACAGUGUUGUAGAUUUAAAAGAUAAAAAUAAUUACCUGCGCUGAUGAUCGUCAAAACAACAAAUGAACCAAAAAAGCCACAAAAACGCAAAAUAAAUGGCAAAAAACAAAAGCGCCAAACUUAAUCUGUCCUGGAAGCCCGUUUGACUUCCGAAAUGAUCGAAAACCAAGACACAGCUUCUGAUUGGUGCAGGCGCCCCAGAAACAAUAGCCAACAGCCGCGUCGGACGCUCGGCUUCCGAAAAACAUUUGGAAACCGGAACACUUACUUCUGGGUUUUCGACAUUUGGGAACCAAGGCAUUUGAGAACCAAGGCGUUUGAGAACCAAGGCAUUUGAGAACCAAGGUCCCACUGUAUGUCCAUAGUAAUGGCGACGAUGCAAAAGCUUUUCCAGGGAAACUGGAAGAGCAAACCUUUCCUUCCGCAUGUUGUCCCCGUGAGAUCAAAUCAGUGAAAGGCCUUUUAGACCCCGACCCCAUCUGCACCAACCUUCACCCCACUCUUUCUAAACCCACUUCAACCACUGGCUUUCUUGGCGGGUGAAAUGCCAAGCGCAGGGGGUGCUUUUGGCCCGAGAAAAUAGCACCCGAGCGCCACUCAGAUCUCCGACAAAUUAUCUUCGGUUCUGCUCUGGGGCUGGAAGAAAGAGGGAAAUAAAAUAAAUCUAGAUUGAUGCCUGCUUGGUACAUAACCCCACAGGGCUGCUUUUGUUUUCGCAGAGGGGGGGGGGGAAAGAGAGCAAAUUAUUUUAGGGUUUUUUUUUUCUCCUUCCCUCUUUUCUUUUUCGUAAAAAGGCCAGCCUCCAGCUCUCCGUACAGGGGGGUUUCUCCCCCACUUCCCCCGAAUCAAAUAGGCGCAGCUGUUUUGGAGAAAAAAGAAAACACAAAUUAAUAAUUUUCUCCUCCUGUUAACGUAUAAUUAGUAUUUGGCCACAGCUCUUCCCAGGGAGCAGGUAGAAAAGAGUGAGAAAUGUCAGAGUCUAAAGGGAUAUUGUAAGGGCUUGUUUUUCCCUUUCCUUGUUUCGUGUGUGUGUGUGUGUGUGUGUGUGUGUGUGUGUGAUUGAGGCAGCUUUUAAAGAAAACAAAACCGCUUUGCUAAUGAAAGAAUAAAUGGCUUUAAAAAAAAUAUUUUUUUAAAAAACAACCCGGGUAGUUAUGAGCUGUUAGGCCUGUCGGUUUCACGUUUCUUUCGCCACCCUUAAAUUUCAGUCCCCACAUCAGUUUGUGAAUUCCCCCCCCCCCCGCCCCGCUAUAAAAAGCCGAUGUUUUUCUGCAAAUUUAUCCUAAGCUACAUCUAAUUGCAUGCAGUUUCACUAAUUGGCACUUUUUUGCAAAGCGGUUUUCUGGCGGCUGCGCUGACUGGGGCUGAUGGGGCUAUAGUCCCAAAAAUCCGGAGGGCACCAGGUUCAGAGAGGCUGAGAUAUGGGGUCGCCGCUUUAGGGAACUAAAUGUUCUAUAGGACUCCACCCUAUCUGGGCAUAAGCUGCAUUGAUCUUAGUAGGACAUAGCUUGGUGUAGACGCGGGUGGCGCUGUGGGUUAAACCACAGAGCCUAGGACUUGCUGAUCAGAAGGUCAGCGGUUCGAAUCCCCGCGAUGACGGGGUGAGCUCCCGUUGCUCGGUCCCUGCUCCUGCCAACCUAGCAGUUUGAAAGCACGUAAAAGUGCAAGUAGUUAAAUAGGUAUCGCUCCGGCGGGAAGGUAAACGGCGUUUCCGUGCACCAGAAGCGGCAUAGUCCUGCUGGCCACAUGACCCGGAAGCUGUACGCCGGCUCCCUCGGCCAGUAAAGCGAGAUGAGCGCCGCAACCCCAGAGUCGGUCACGACUGGACCUAACAGUCAGGGGUCCCUUUACCUUUACCUUUAGACCUGCGUAGGACCUCACUGUAAGGCUGCUGCCUGGAACCCAUUUACGAAGGAAUACAUCCCAUUGGAAGUUAGUAACAGUAAUUAUUAUUAUUAUUAUUAUUACUAUUUUAUUUAUGCCCCGUCCAUCUGCCUGGACCUCCCCAGCCACUCUGGGUGGCUCCCAACAGAAUAUUAAAAACACGAUAAAACAUCAAACAUUAAAAACUUCCCUAAACAGGGCUGCCUUCAGAUGUCUUCUAAAGGUCAGAUCAUUGUUUAUUUCCUUGACAUCUGAUGGGAGGGCGUUCCACAGGGCGGGUGCCACCACUGAGAAGGCCCUGUGCCUGGUUCUCUGUAACCUCGCUUCUCUCAGGGAGGGAACUGCCAGAAGGCCCUCGGAGCUGGACCUCAGUGUCUGGGCUGAACGAUGGGGGUGGAGACGCUCCUUCAGGGAUACUGGGCCAAGGUCGUUGAGGGCUUGAAAGGUCAGCACCAAUACUUUGAAUUGUGCCCAGAAACAUCCCAGAAGCCAAUGUAGGUCUUUCAAGACCGGUGUUAUGUGGUCUUGGUUGCCGCUCCCAGUCCCCAGUCUAGCUGCCGCAUUCUGGAUUAGUUGUAGUUUCGGGGUCACCUUCAAAGGCAGCCCCAUGGAGAGCGCAUGGCAGUAGUCCAAGCGGGAGAUAACCAGAGCAUGCACCACUCUGGCCAGACAGUCUGCUGGCAGGGAGGGUCUCAUCCUGCGUACCAGAUGGAGCUGGUAGACAGCUGCCCUGGACACAGAACUGACCUGCACCUCCAUGGACAGCUGUGAGUCCAAAAUGACCCCCAGGCUGCGCACCUGGUCCUUCAGGGGCACCGUUACCCCAUUCAGAACCAGGGAGUCCUCCACACCUGCCCACCUCCUGUCCCCCAAAAAACAGUCCUUCUGUCUUGUCAGGAUUCAACCUCAAUCUGUUAGCCGCCACCCAUCCUCCAACCGCCUCCAGACACUCACACAGCACCUUCAUUGCAUAGCUUAGCAGCAGUCUGUCUUGUUUACCGAAGGUCCCAGGUUCAUAGAGUCAUAGAACUGGAAAGUUGGAAGGGACCUUGAGGGUCAUCUAGUCCAACCCCCCUGGAAUGCAGGAAUCUUUCACCCAAUGUGGGGCUUGAACCCACAACCCUGAGAUUAAAAGCCUGGUGAGGAUGUCAGCUAGUUGGAAGGUGUCCAGAGGAGGGCGACCAAGAUGAUCAAGGGUCUGGAAACCAAGCCAUAUGAGGGACGGUCGAAAGAGCUGAGUGUGUUGAGCCUGGAAAAGGGGUGACUGAGAGGAGCUAUGAUAGCCAUCUUCUGAUAUCUUAAGGGCUGUCACAGGGACGAUGGACCAGGCUUGGUUUCUCCUGCUCUGGAGGGGGUGGACUCAGACCAAGAGCUGUUGAGGUCCCUUAAAACUCUACAUUUCUGUCAUUCUAUGCUCUACCAACGGAGCUAUUUAUGCUCUUGCAUAUCCUUUCCUCUUCUGUGAUUACGACAAGCAUUUUGUUCAUAAUAAUCCUGGACGGUGAGGGGGGGGCAGCGGUGGAGCCGAACGCAGAACACAAAGGGGGAUUGGCAUCUGUGGAUAUUGUUGUUCCUUCCUUCCCCUCCUCCCCUGGCUAUGAUCCUGCAAAAACCACCCUUAAUCCCGUCGUAAACUUUAAAAGACGAGACAAGCCGGGGGAACGGCGUUCGCAGUAAUUUAGCCGACGCUCUUCUGCGCCGCCGGCUGACGAGGGGCCUUUUCCAGGUGGGAUUAUCGGACGGGCGACAAGCAGCCGCCCUUUGACCCUUCGGCCGCAGGCAGGGCCAAUAAUAAUAAUAAUAAUAAUAAUAAUAAUAAUAAUAAUUUCUUUAUACCCUGCCCAUCUGGCUGAGCUUCCCCAGUCACUCUGGGCGGCUUCCAAUCAAAUGUUAAAAACAAGACAGCAUUAAAUAUUAAAAACUUCCCUAAACAGGGCUGCCUUCAGAUGUCUUUUAAAAAGAAGAUAGCUGCUUAUUUCCUUCACAUCUGAAGGGAGGGUGUUCCACAGGGCGGGCGCCACUACCGAGAAGGCCCUCUGUCUGGUUCCCUGUAACCUCACUUCUUGCAGGGAGGGAACCGCCAGAAGGCCCUCGGAGCUGGACCUCAGUGUCCGGGCAGAAUGAUGGGGGUGGAGACGCUCCUUCAGGUAUACAGGACCGAGGCUGUUUAGGGCUUUCAAGGUCAGCACCAACACUUUGAAUUGUGCUCGGAAACGUACUGGGAGCCAAUGCAGAUCUCUCAGGACCGGUGUUAUGUGGUCCCGGCAGCCACUCCCAGUCCCCAGUCUAGCUGCCGCAUUCUGGAUUAAUUGCAGUUUCCAGGUCACCUUCAAAGGGAGCCCCACAUAGAGCGCAUUGCAGUAGUCCAAGCGGAAGAUAACUAGAGCAUGCGCCACUCUGGCCAGACAGUCCGCGGGCAAGGAGGGUCUCAUCCUGCAUACCAGUUGCAGCUGCCCUGGACACAGAAUUAACCUGCACCUCCAUGGACAGCUGUGAGUCCAAAAUGACUCCCAGGCUACGCACCUGAUCCAUCAGGGGCACAGUUACCCCAUUCAGGACCAGGGAGUCCUCCACACCUGUCUGCCCCCUGUCCCCCAAAAACAGUCCUUCUGUCUUGUCAGGAUUCAGCCUCAAUCUGUUAGCCGCCAUCCAUCCUCCAAGAAACCAAACACGCAAGGCCACCAGCCCCCAAGAGGCGUCCUUGGCAGUGGAUGAUCUUGGCAAAGCUCCGCCGGCUGGCUGGGGUCCACUGAGCAAAGAAAUAAAUGAAAAUGCCUCCCGUUUAUUUUGAAAUGGACUCUUGCCUGCGAGAGGCAGCCAGAGGGCGGCUUGGGAGCUUGUCAACACGCUGCCCUUUCCCUCUGGGUCAUCACCCUCUUCCUUUCUGCACACCCACACUUCCCACGAGAGAAAGCUGGCAACCUGGGCGGCUGGGCUGGGGCCAGGAAACGGCGAGAUGAAGAUGGAAUGCACCGUCCAACGAGGAGGCCAAAGGGAGACCCCUCUAGUCCAGCAUUCUGUUCUCGCAGUGGCUGGCCGGAUGCUCUGAGUGCAACAGGAUAUCUCCCCUCCUUCGGGAAUCUCUCCAGCAAGUACCGUAUUUUCGCUCUAUAGGACGCACCAGACCACAAGACGCGCCUAGUUUUUGCAGGAGGAAAACAAGAAAAAAAAACAUUCUGAAUCUCAGAAGCCAGAACAGCAAGAGGGAUCACUGGACAGUGAAAGCAGCAAUCCCUCUUGCUGUUCUGGCUUCUGGGAUAGCUGCGCAGCCUGCAUUCGCUCCAAAAGACUAUUACUAUUUAGGAGGGGGAAAGUGAGUCUUAUAGAGCAAAAAAUACGGUAGUAUUCGGAAGCAUCGCUGCCUCCCAAAAGCACCACGCAAAAGGAAGUCCUUCUUUGCAGGGCGCACUGUUAAACUAUGGCUUUUCCUCCCACAUCGGGCAAGGAGCGCCACAAACUGUGAUCUGAGGCCCUUCUUCAUGUGCCUCCUCCAUAAUAAUAAUAAUAAUAAUAAUAAUAAUAAUAAUAAUAUUUAUACCCCGCCCAUCCGGCUGGGUUUCCCCAGCCACUCUGGGCGGUUCCCAACAGAAUAUUAAAAACACGAUAAAACAUCAAACAUUAAAAACUUCCCUAAACAGGGCUGCCUUCAGAUGUCUUCUAAAUGUCAGAUAGUUGUUCAUUUCCUUGACAUCUGACGGGAGGGUGUUCCACACGGCGGGCGCCACCACCAAGAAGGCCGUCCGCCUGGUUCUCUGUAACCUCGCUUCUCGCAGGGAGGGAACUGCCAGAAGGCCCUCGGGAGAUGGACCAGAGUGUCCAGGCUGGACGAUGGGGGUGGAGACGCUCCUUCAGGGAUACUAGGCCGUUUAGGGCUUUCAAGGUCAGCACCAACCCUUUGAAUUGUGCUCAGAAACGUACUGGGAACCAACGUAGGUCUUUCAGGACCGGUGUUAUAUGGUCUCGGCGGCCCCUCCCAGUCACCAGAUGCGUAGGAAGGGGGGGUGCAAUUUGAUCAAAUCAAAUGAAAAGAUUUGACAAUAAAAAUACCUAUCUAUCGAUAAGUAUUACUUACUAUACUUGACACCAAUACCAGUGUUUUUUGUACAUUAUAUCAUCUGUCUUGGGUUGAACCCCUUUCCAGUUUAUUGUAUUGUUGACUUCCUUCCACCUCAUUAUGGUUUUCUCUGUAGAAGUUUUGAUCCUCCUGAUUUCUGAUUUUCCCAGUUAAUCAUGCCAUCUCUGCAUAGUCCAAUAGUUUCAUCUGCCAGCCCACCUUCAUCUUUUCAUCUUUCCAACUCUGGGUGAACAACAUCCUUGCAGCUGUUACGUAGUGUACAUAAACAGUCCUUUCAGUUCUUUCGGUAUCUCUGCAUCUACAAUUCCUAACCAAAAGCCUUCUAGGUUUUUAUUAACGAGGGUUAUUUUAAACAUUUUUUUCAACUCAUUACAUAUCAUCUUCCAGAAUUCCUUUAUCGCUUUACAGUUCCACCACAUGUGGAGAAAGGUGCCUUCCUUCUCCUUACAUUUCCAACCAACAUUUGAACUUGCCCUGUACAUUUUCACUUAUUUGUUGGGAGUCAAAUAACCAGCGGUACAUCGUUCACUCCCUCUUUCCCUUCUUAUACCCCUCUUUUAUUUCCUCGCAGACGAUUCUCUCUACGAGUCCCCAGAGCCGAUAUUCACCAGCAAUAACUCCUGCCACAGCUUCCGGGUCCCCGAGACUUUCUUCGUGGUGGUGGUGGUCCCAGUUUUCUGGACUAUCCUGACUUCCUAG